UUCAUGAAAAAGCUAUUUUAACUGCUAUUGUGCCACUAUGCUUUUGUUUGGCGAACUACAAAGGCGAGCUGUGAGGCAGAAAAAAUAGUCUGUCUACGGAAACUGCCUCAAUUCGGUUCCAAACUGGGGGACAAUGUGCAAGAAUUUACUGUACCCCAUUCUUAACAAAGUAUUAACCAACUUAAAAACAAAUUCGUCUCUCUAUUGCCGCCAUCAUUCGUGGGUGAACGGAUGACAGACAUGGCGGCCGUGAUUCUGAAAGUUGUACGAGCGACAAGGAAUCAGAAUGUAUACGCUACAUGCUAUACGGUACAGAGCCACGAUUACUCUUCAAAACCAAAUAUAAUUAAGAAUCCUACUACAGCCAGCUUGAAAAGAGGCACUGGUGGUCGCAGUUCUUUCAGUGGCAAAAUAUGUACAGUAUUUGGUUGCAGUGGUUUCAUUGGAUCCUACUUACCUGUACGAUUGGGGAAAAUUGGUUCUCAGAUCAUUCUUCCACACAGAUGUGAUCCAUAUCGUGUUCGGCAGUUGAAAGUAGGUGGAGAUCUUGGACAGGUUUUAUACCACCCCUUUGAUCUCAGAGAUGAGGAGUCAAUAAUCAAGUGCAUGAAAUAUUCCAAUGUAGUUAUUAAUUUGAUUGGAAGAAAUACUGAGACUAAUAACUUCAGCUUUAAAGAUGUACAUGUGGAAGGAGCCAGAAAGCUUGCUAGACUUGCUAAGCAAUGUAACGUAGAACGAUUUAUUCAUAUGUCAUGUUUGAAUGCAGCAAAAAAACCUACACCGUUGAUGUUGAAAGAGGGCUCAAAGAUUCUUCAAACAAAAUGGGAAGGAGAACUUGCAGUGAAAGAAGAAUUUCCAGAAGCAACCAUUAUCCGCCCAUCUGCUAUAUAUGGACAACGUGAUAAAUUUAUAAGCCAUUACUGUAAUGAAUCAAGGAAGAUCUAUCGUUCAUACGUAGCAUUGUAUGACAAAGGGGAAAAGACUGAAAAACAACCAAUACAUAUUCGUGAUGUAGUUUCAGGUAUUGUAGCCAUCAUAAAUAAUCCUAAUACAGCUGGUAAAACUUAUCAAUUUGUCGGUCCGAAACGAUAUAAAUUGAGCGAAUUAGUUUCAUGGAUGUUCGAUAUAGCGUACCCUUUUCAAAAAAUAGAAAUAUUAGAGUUGAGAAAUAAUGUAAUAACUAAAUUGAAAGUUGCUUUCUGGGAGACUGUACUGCCGGUACAUCCUGUUGUCGAUUUGACCUGGGAAGUAAUAGAAUGUCAUCAUACUACUGACAAGAUAGAUCCCACGUUACCAACUUUAGAAGAUUUAGGCAUAGCACCAAUAGAAAUGGAGUCUAUAUUUCACUAUGAGGUAAACACGUAUGCAGAGGACAGAGCUGAUGCCAGAAAUUUAGAUAAAAUGAAAUCAGCAACAUUGAAAACUAUUCUAAAAUAAGGAUGUCGACGUUGUUUAGAGUUCUUACAAAAAUGGA